CGAAAGCGUAAACUCAGGGCAAAUCUUGCCGACCGAAAGUAUGGCUGAAGGGGAAGAAGAAAGUUCUAGUUCCCUAGAAGCGGACUUAAUUACGCACAAAGUUCAGUUGUUGAUAGACCCAAACAGUUCAGCAAAAGAAGAUCAAAUCCAGAACCUCGAGCUUCUCCUCCGUACAGUAACUGAAAGGGAAAAUGAAAUCCUAGAGAGUUUAGGGGAGGAUGACAAGUUUUACUCUGUGUUGCUGUCAGUUGCAGCCCACAGGGUUGGCACCUGGAUUGAAUCAUGCAAAGAGUUUGCUGACUUGACAUUAAAAGCAGCAGACCUGAUUCUCAGAUAUUGCUUGGACAGAAUCCACAGUACAAAGACCCAUUCCUUUUUUUCAAAGUUGAUGCUAAUCAGAAUAGUUGAGGGCAUUUGCUUAGCACGAGGCUGUUUGGAAAAACAGGACCUUACACUGAUUGCGAACUCCUAUGAUACCUUAACAGUUCCAAAGUCAUUGCAAAAAUCAACAAAAACAGCAAAGCAGUUGAAAUCAUCAUUUGGCCUAAUAACUUCUCUAAGUCAAAUACCACUUCAUAUCUUACAGCAAAGCCAACAAACUCUUAAUCAGGGGACAGAAUGGCAAGACACAUACAAGAUCUAUUGUCGCCAGGCAAUGAGAAGUUAUAAUGGGGGUUCGAUUCUACUCGAGUUUGCACUAUGUCUACCCACUUUGACACUGUUUCACUGUUAUUUUGAUGAGAAGAGUUCUCCUGAAUCCUCAGAUAUCAAUUCUAUCAAUAUUAAAAGAAUCGAAAACCUUUCUGAGGAACUCGUAGCCAUCAACAGUAUGGUCAAUAUCCCAAGUGUCAUUGCGGUGAAGCCAGAGGAGCUGCAAAGGCUUGGCUCGCUUGUUUGCAGAUGUAUCAAGGCAACUCUCUUUGUUUCUAUUGGCUCUUAUGAAGUCAUCUGUGAGGAAGAGGUGAAGCAGACCGGGCGUAAAGAAGGCAUCUCUCUCGAGGAUCUGUGUCGAAAAUACACAUGGAGGGCCACGGAAACCAGUUUGUCCAUAUUCAAAUCUGUACUAACGGCUGUCAAUUCAUCAACGCGAUUCGGUGGUGCUAUCUAUCAGAAUGUGCAAGCAAUUGUUGCUGAUGCCAUUCUUAGUGGGUUCAAACUUGUUCUUGCUGCAAAGAGAAGCAGCGUUUCUGGGAAGGAAGAAGCAAAAGAGAUUUCCCGGAAAUGGAAAUGGUUUUCUGGUCUGAAUAUUAUGCUAGUGACAAUGGCUUCGCGAGUCGUCACGCUGAUGUUAUCCUUGAUUGAAGACUUAGAGCUGGAGAGCUUACCACAAGGGAGCUCAAGCGAGAAAAGCCACACGAUAAACUACUUGUCGAUAACCACCCAGUGCUCUGCCUGGCAAAGAAUGCAAUGGCUCUUGGCUAGGAAUAAUCUGCCACAUCUGCUUUGGAAUCUAUUUCGUGCUUCGUAUUCCAUGGCAAUCAAGAUAAAAGACAUCAAAACAACACAGGCCCAAGAACAGGCCAGAAAUGAAGAGAAGCAAAAUGAAGCCAGUGAGAGCGAAAGAGCGUCCGCUGCGGAGGAUAGUGGGGAAGAAGAAGGAUCUCUCUUGGGUCAGUGGUUGGAAAACAUAAUGUCAGAGUCGACAACUUCUCGUGUUGAGCCGAAAAAGGACAAAGUAGAGGAUGGAAAGUCAGAAGUUGCGUACACACAAUCAUUGGACAUUUUCGUUCUUCUUGGCAACAACUUACUCGACCUUUGCACACGAUUCUUCCCGAUUUGUAUGAAGUACAACCUCAGUGACAUCGUUGAUAGAAAUUUCACCAAAGAUGGUUUAAAAUCACUUGCUGAAAUGGUGAAUGAGAUUGACAAAACUGCAGAUGACCUAAGCUCGAAAGAAGAUAUUGGAUUUUGCUUCAGGAGUUAUCUUAUCAUGCUACAUUCUUCAAAAGUGCUUGACCAAACGAAACUGGAGUUCUUGCUAUCAGAGCUCGGCCUAGGCGUCGAUUACAAGCAGCCAGGUGAUUGGCCACUGUACGUUUCACCGACUGUUUUGUCAUUGUUUGCACGGCUGGCCUUAUCCGAGCAAGAUGCUUGCUUGAGGGGCGGAAGCUCUUCUGCAGACACUCCAAGAAGUAUUUAUGCAUGGAAGGGGCUGCUUCACACACUUGCAAAAUCUGCACAAUCUUUGCCAGAGAAUAUGGAUUUGAACGUCGAGCACAUACAAACGCUGGCUGCUUUAUAUCUCAACUUCUCUGAUGAAUGCAAAAGGGAACUCAUUAAAACUUGCAUAGAUGCAUUGGGUAAAAUUGCAGCAAGGCCAUUUGAAGAUUUUCCUCUAAGGACCUACAGACUUGUUGUUAUAUUGGAUUUCAUGUUCCGUUGCUUUUCAAGGAUUCCAAAUCAACUGUUGCUUCAGGUUUCAAAGAACAUCUUAAACAUUGCUCCUAAAAUCGAUGGUAUCAGACAACAGGAAUUUAUUAGCUGUACCUUCAAAGAAGAAGAAGCAUUUCGAAACUUGGUGAAGAGAAUGAGUCCAUCUCCAAUGCAAAAUUCGUUUCAACAACAACAGCCAAGGUUCUAUGAGUUGUUAGCAGAGGAUUUUAGCAGGCAAUCACCAGACUUCAAGGUGUUCCAGUUCAUCCAAGACUUUGAUAUUGCGAGUGCAUCGUACAAGGAUCUGUACCAAGAUUUCUUGAACUUGUCAGUCUUACUGCUUCAGUUUAUCGAAUCUCAUCAUGCAGAAGAGGAAAGUAUUCUUCAAAUUGUUGCUGCACGAAGCUGUUUUCAACAUAUCUGGAAAUUUUUUCAGUGUAUGCCUCCACCAAUAUUGCUUCUACAACAAAUGCUCGUACCAGAAAAGGCAUUAGCUUCCAGUGAGAUGAUACUCUUCUUUUUGAGAGUAAUACCUAUGUUUUACGCAAACCGUAAAAGAUCUGUUGAGGAAAUUGCCAAGAUUGUGUUGAUGUUUGAUGAGGUCAUCAAUGACGACGCCUUGAAGCUUGUUGGGAAACUCGUAGAAGAAUGCCAAAAGACCGCAUAUUUAACACAGCUGAUCAUGCACGUUGCAAGUGACGAGGGGGUCGAAAUCCUUGAUGGGAAAUGCCAGUGGAUACGGCUCAUGUUGAUUGAUGCAUUGUCUUCCAUGUCCCAUGUUCUCUUUGAAAGAUUGGUUAGUUGUGAAACACAAAAUGAGGAAGACAAGGAAAUGAUAGCAAAGAUGGCAUGGCUUGUUUUGAAUAACACCAUCGCCUGUCACAGAAAAAUCAAAAAUGCAGUAAUUACACACAACAACGAGAAGAUAAGCCAAGAUAUUGUGGCAGUCUACAGCAAACUGAUUGGAACAAGCACUACCCACACAGUAAAAGAUGCUGGAGAGCUCAAUUUUGAUAUAGGCUUGCCAAGUGAAAUAAAACAAGCUUCUGAAAAGUGGAAAGAUGCCCUGCUCACGCAGUUUCCAUCUCCAAAGAAAAAGACGGAUGAAUCCGGCGUUAUCGAAGAGGCUGACCUGUCGUCAUUUUUGGAUGGCUUGAUCAAUGCGCAUGUCUCUGUUUGCGUCACAGGUAUAUCAUUUAAAGAACCCGCAUUCACGCUCAAGCACCUUCUUAAAUCUUCCAUCGGCUUAAUGCAUGAUAUGUUAGAGUGGUUAAAGAAAAACUCCGAGAAUCAUUUUCAGAUGAUUCAAGUAAAUGCCAUUACAGCGUUUGUCAAUAUAGCAACAGAUUCUAUUGUUGACCACGUGGCAGAUUCUGCCAAUCAGAUACUGGAAAUGACAGUUGGCUCUGGGGAUGGAGAUCGCCUUCAAGAGAUUAUACAUUCUCAUCUGUUAUCUCUCUGCUUUUUUGUUGUUGACGAGGAAAUCAAUAGAGUUGACAGAUUCAUAACUUCAGAACAGACAGUCCUACAGUGCCUUGCAUUCAUCGAGUCAUCUCUUCAAAGAUCUGAGGCACCGUGCUCUGCUGCAAGCUAUUUUAGUACUGGGUACUAUUUCAAACUAGCUUCGAUUCUUCUAUCAAUAAGGCUAUCGAAAUUCAGCAAGUUCUAUGCCUCAAGAGUGCUUCAGAUGUUUUCAAACCUGCUGCUUUCACCUGACAAUGCGCAACAAGGUAGUGUUCGCAAAGCAGUUGUUCAGAUCUUCAGCGUUGAUGCGGUCGACUUGCAAGACUGGCUUUUUUGUGAGAUCAUGUCCGAUUCGAAUACCGAAGAGGAAGGUUCCAAGAAACAUGGCAUUAUGGCGCUGCAGAAAUUCGUUAACUGCAUCAUACAGGAACAAGAAGGGGAUCUAGAUAGUAUUCUUGAUUCAGCAAUGAAUGUUUUUGCUAAACUUAUCAAGCUUCAUAUCGAAUCACCCAAUGAAACACGUGGCGUUCCUUAUGGCGAUUUUCUGGAGGUCCUUGUCAACAUUGCUUCAGCAGUAGGAGCUAAAGGUCAUCUAAAGUUGCUGCAAGCCGUUCAGAAUUGGAUCAGUCUUAGCCGUAUUGCGUUGGCAGCCAAUUUCAAAGAUGUCGAGCAAAACUCUGUUUCUGUUGAUGAUGAUCUGAUGAGCUGCAUUGCUUCAUUGCUGCGAUACAUCCACCAGAUUCUGUCGGCUAUGAAGAAGUAUUGCUUAAAAGAGAGUAGCAGUCUGACAUUGCAACUAAGCUAUUCUGAAUCUGAUUAUGGGAGCAAAGAUCGUACGGAAGCCGAUAUCGAUGAUGAAGUCAACACAGAUGACGAGGACUCUGGAGGGGAGGAAUCGGAAGAAGAAUCUCUUUGCAACAAACUAUGCUCUUUUACAAUGACACAGAGAGAUUUUAUGGACCAGCAUUGGUAUCAUUGUCACACAUGUAAAAUGAAUGACGGGGUCGGAUGUUGUACCACUUGUGCCAAAGUCUGCCACAAAGAUCACGAUGUCACAUAUGCGAAAUAUGGCUCUUUCUUCUGUGACUGUGGUGCGAAAGAGGACGGAAGCUGCAAGGCAAUGACAAAGAGAACAGCCGUUACUGGUCUCUCUAAUACGCGGAGUAUGCCAUCAUCUCCAUUCACAGCUUGGUCAGCAGAAAGCGGGGAAGCGGAUAAGCGACAGCGAGGAGGAGCAGCAUCUGAAGCGAAGCCUGAUAUAAAACGAGGCAAAAGCAUAGAGAAGAAGCCUUCUUCAGACAACUGGUUCCAAGACACCAGCUUCAUUCAUUUGCUGUCAAGCUUGCUCAAAGAAUCUAAAGACGAGAUUAUUGAAGCUUUGAGAAGCGAGAAAUUCAUGGAAAUGUACAUGAGUUUGUUGAGAGAUCUUCAAGAGUACAGAGAAAAUGUCAAUAAAUUUCUUUGGGAAUGUUUCCAUAAUAUGCGAACAGUGCACCAGGCACUGCAAUUUCUCUACUGCAACGAAAAAGACGUGCAAACUUCAGAUCAACUAAUGAUUCCUAUCCUUGGAUCUCAAGAAGGAGCCUUUGAAAGUGUGCGCCUGAACUUCAGUGGAGAGCAAGGUCAGACUCUCAGGCAACUGAUAAAUGCACAUGUGCUACGACAUUCUGCCAUGUGCUUAAUGGCAUCAACUAAUGGCAAGAAACAACAUCUUGCAGUGACCCACGAGAAAGGAAAGAUCACGAUUUUGCAACUCUCUGGCCUGCUCAAGCAACCAGAUACAGCAAGCAGGAAACUCACUUUGAAUCGGCUCUCGUCCACUACGCUGCCAUUUACAAUCGUCUCAAUUCACAGCAACCCAGAAAAUGAUGAUGCCCUAGCUGUUUGUGGACUCAAAGAUUGUCACGUGAUUACAUAUGGGCAUUCUGGCUCAGUUGUAUCCCAUCUUGCUCUGCCUUUGCAAUUGGAGACUGGAAAUUUCGUCAUCAAAGCAAUAUGGGUGGCAGGAGAACAAACAAAAUUAGCAUUACUCACUGCUGACUUUGUCAAGGUAUAUGAUUUAUCGAAAUCUGUCAGCUCCCCAAUAUACUACUACAUCCUUCCUGGUGGCAAGGUUAGAGAUGCGACGUUUAUCAACGAUGGUACAUCUCUGCGUAUUGCAGUUAUGUCUUCUCAUGGACAUAUUUACACAGAGGUUAUGAACGAGGCAAGCAAUGCCUCUGGUGGCGCGUUUUUCCUAACAGAUGCAGUAAUGGUGUCCCAUCCAACAUUGAAAGACAGUAACGGGCAAGUCGCUGGUGGUGGUGUCUCUCUCUACUAUUCACAUGUUCUCAAACUGGUUUUCUUCAGCUACUCCCAAGGAAAAAGCUUCAUAGGUGUCCCGAACAAGUCAUUUUCAGAAAUGGAAAAUAUCUUCAACCUGUCGACUGCAGUUUCGAGCCAUUCAGCGCUUUGCCAGUGGCAUGAAAUAGCAGGCCAGCCUGGUUUACUGCACUGUGUAAACCAAAGCACAGGGAACCCAGUUCUAGUCAUGGUCAGACCUGAAAAGAUUUUGAUCCAAGAAAUCAAGGGAUCUUCAUCAAAAACAAAGAUACAAGACGCAGUGUGUUACUAUCAUAUGUUCCCAGUCACCAGAAGUACAGACACGACAAUACAGCAGAAAACAACGAUGAUUAUUCUCCUUGAAGACGGCAGCUUGCGCAUAUACAAUGCCCACAAAGAGUAUGCUAGCUACUGGCUUAAGAAUAAAUUCAAACCAAAACCUUUCGUUCCAACACCUUCACCACCAAGAAAGACCAAAACCUCUCGAGCUAUUGCAUCAUCAAUGCAAUCAAAUGCAGCCUCUUUCCCAAUCGAUUUUUUCGAACAUUGCCAGGCAACAAAUGAUAUAGAAUUUGGGGGAAGCGACAUAUUGCAUAUUUACAACAGUCAGCAAGUGAAGUAUCGUCUUAACUCAUCUGGGAUGUAUAUCGCCAGCACUAAGGCAAGUGGAUUUAAAAUAGAGAUAUCAAACACAAAUACAUCAAAUGUGAUGGUUGGCCUUCGUGUCCACGUGGGCAUGCAAUCGCUUGAAAAGAUCCCAACCUACAUCGAAGUAUUCGGCAGAGUGAUCCCAUUGAGGCUCAGCAGGGGCCGUUGGUUUGACAUUCCUUUUACAAAAGCUGAAUCGCUCACAGCAGACAAAAAGAUCACUGUUACUUUCGGCCCAUCGUCGGAUUCUUCUGGCAUAAACAUGGUUGAUUCAAUAAAAGUACAUUGUAAAACAAAAGAAAGUUUUGGAUGGCCGGAAGAUCCACAUGAAACUGCUGCUCAGGGCACGGAUGUGCCUCAUGAAGUUGGAUCUCCUUCUAGACCCACUGAUCAAGCAGAAUAUGUUGAUGUAUCUAUGUGUGAACCGCUUCUUACAAAGCUUCUGGAGACAUUGCAUGAUCAUUUGGUGUGUUUUCCUAUUGAUGAAGAGGCACCCGUUCAUCAAGAGUUGCUUGAUUUUGCAACCAAACUGGUGACUGCCCUUGGCCCUGCGAGGCUGCAAAACCAAGCCAAAAGCCUGAUGGCAUCUCUGUUCAGUUCAAGGAAUGACUUCUUUGACAAAAAGGAUGAUGCUCAGAUCAAGUAUGCUUUGGAUCGCUACAAAACUGCCACUGCAGAUGAUAAACAAGUUUCUAACGCAGCGUACAUUGAAUCUAUACAAGAGCUGCUAAUUAUAGCAAGGGCAGUUGGAAAUGCUAGGCCCAAAAAUCUCAUCAAAGCCCUAAAAGAAUUUGAUAAAGACAAUGAUGUGCUUGAUAGUCUGAUGGCAUCAUUUUGGAAAUUAUAUGCCGCGAGACCUGUUAACUACAUGCUAGCCCCAAUCGAAGCACGGGCCAUUGGGACUUUAGAUGGUACGAUCGAAGCUCUUGUCGAAGUUCUAUUUGCAGUAUUGCUUGGAGACUCUGAUAGGUUCCAAAAACUAAUGGAUAUCAUCAUUAACCUACUGCUUAGCAAGGACACAAAAGUUAGUUUUGCUGCAAAGCAAGGUCUUUCGCAAGCAAUGCAGCUGAGAAGAAAAGUGACCGUGGUUCCGGAUCCGAGUCCAACUCAAAGCGAAAGUCCAGGAAUCGAAGAGUUGAAUCAAGGCAGCACAUUGAAAGAUGAAAUUCAGGAAGCAGCUGAUCAGCAACAACCCGUGCCUGAAAUACAAGAAAACAGCUCGUUUGCUGAAGGUGUUAUCGAAGAACUAGAACCCCAGCAAAACGGAUUGCAAGUUCUUCUUGGAGGCGAUGAUGCUGUUAUGGAGCUUGCUCUUGCUUUGAGCCUUCAAGACCAGGAUACAGAGAAUGUUGAUGAUGAUGAUGAUGACGACGAUGAGGAUGACGUCGACCUUGAAGAUGAUACUGAUGGACCCCUGCCCGAAGAUUUGGAUGAUUCAAUUAUGCAGGAAAGUGACCAAAUAAUUGGAGCCGGUGGCUCUGGGGACAAUACGGCGCUUCUCGAAGGGCCUGCUGCAUCAGGAGAACUAUCCAGAUUGCGAAAAGGAUCGCACGAUUCGGAAAGAUCCUGUCCUCCAUCUUCAAAAAAUAACAAAGUUGUUGAAAUAACCGACGUGGCGCUUGAAGCUUCGUGGAGUAAGAUCUUCAACCUGUUCAUUGACCGUUUGCAAGAUCUCAAAACGGCUGACGGUGUCCAAGCCAUUCCAUUCCUUCAGGUCCUCCUGAUGCUCUGUUCAAGUCUAACCGACUCGGCAGAAGACCAGCAAAGUUUGGAGAAAGUUGUGUCAGCAUGCUUGGAUGUCUUAGACCCCGAUGACAAGGUAACUGGAAAUAUCGCUGAACGGAGUCCAAAACGAGAAGUGCAACUAGUCAUUAUCCGUUUCUUCAGCGUCUUGAUGUCACAGAGCAGACCUGUUGAAGAUGUGAGCCGGGACAAAGAGUCAAGUGAAGCUCGAAUUAAGGCAAAACCAGGAAAAACUGUUGCGAAGAUUCUUGCAGAGAAGGGAAUUGUGGGUUACUGUCUGCAGCUACUUGAAAGUCUUCUUCCUCACUGGAGAGAACUGAAAACAGAUGUAAAGACCGAGGCAUCAGAUGAAGACGAGGUUCUACUGAAAGUCAAACCAUACCAAAAUCCACCAGACAUGUCACCUUUUUUCUUGAAACAAUACGUCAAGAGUCAUGCCAACGAUUUGUUUGAAGCAUUUCCACAAUUGGUUACUGAGAUGGUGCUUAGGAUGCCAUAUCAGAUUUGGAAAAGAUUGGAAAAUUUGAGUGACCUGGAGACAGGGCCGUUUGAUAAGCAAUGGAUUCAUUGUCUCUGUGAGUACAUGAUGGCAAACGAAACACCUUUCAUAAAAAGACACGUGAGAAAGCUGCUUUUGGCUCUCUGUGGCUCAAAGGAGAAAUACAGGCGAGUAAAGGACGUACACACAUUGAAGUCUCACGUUAGCAACAUACGGAGUAUUCUCCAGCCAUCAAGCCUUUCUGAUGCACAAGCAAGUUUCACUUAUGAGGACACCGUUCGUCUGGCAGACAAUUGCAAAGCAUGUGCCGAUAUUGCGAUGGCACGUGUUGAUAACUGGCAAGCUUUCUGUAAAGAAGAAAAAGGUGUGCUGCCAUUUUUGGUGCAAGGCAGCUGUCGUCUCUCUUCUGAACAUGUUUCUGGUAUGUUCUUGCAACUGAUUGGUUUAGCACUUGGCAAUUCAUCGCAAAAAUCUACAUCUAGCAAAGUAGAGGAUAGGCCAGAGAAGGCUGGAAACAAGGGUCACGUUAAGGAGCUUGUUGGUAUUUUGUUUGAAAGUUGCUACAGCUCGUUGCUUUCAAACUUCAUCAAGUUCUUUUUACUUGAAUCAAAUUCAACAAGCAUGAGAUGGAAGGCCCACGAGCUGAUGUAUACAGUCUUCAGGAACGUAUCAUCUGAUCAGUGUGUUCGCCUCGUUGAGCUGAUGUGGCAGCUGUGGAGGUGCGUGCCGUUCUCUGGACACAAGGCUGCUCAGUUUGUCGAUCUUCUUGGCUACUUCACUGUCAAGACUCCUGAAAUUAAGGAUAAAAUGAAGCAUUACACUAAAACAAUUUGCUCGCUGUUGUCUUUCUCGAACAAUUUGCUCAUGAACCAUCCAAAUGCCAGUGUUUAUAAGCGCCUGCAAAGUCUCGUGGAAGUUGGUGGAUUCUACUUGGAAAACGAUCCUUGUAUCGUUUGCAACAAUCCAGAAAUUCCUUUUGCGCAUACAAAGCUGACAUCGAUUAAAUCUGACAUUCGAUACACCACAACAGCCCAGCUAGUCAAGCUCAAUGUUAACUACACGAUUUCCCGCCUGUUACUUCGCAUAUCAGACAUCAAGAGGGCAAAAAUGGUGAAAACAAUCAACAUCUAUUAUAACAACAAGCCUGUGCCGUCAGUGGUGGAGCUGAAAAACAAGAAAAACAUCUGGCAACGGGCAAAGAGAAUAACAUUAACAGCGGAGCAAACUGAUGUGAAGGUCGAUUUCACUUUGCCGAUCGUUGCGUACAAUCUUAUGAUUGAAUAUGCAGAUUUCUAUGACAAUAUUCAGCUUUCAGCAGAGUCUUUGCAAUGCCCAAGAUGCAGUGCCAGUGUGCCAGCAAAUCCUGGAGUAUGUGGAAAUUGUGGUGAAAACGUCUACCAGUGCCACAAGUGCAGAGCAAUAAAUUAUGACGAGAGAGAUCCUUUCUUGUGUACAUCUUGUGGCUUCUGCAAAUACGCCAAGUUUGAAUACACAUUAGUUACGAGGCCAUGCUGUGCUGUCGAGCCAGUUAAUGAUGAAACAGAACGCCAAUCGGCCUUGAAUUCUGUCAAUACACUCUUGGAAUCAGCUGACAAAAUAUACCAGCAACUUUCGAACCACAAACAAUCGCUUGAGACAUCUUUGCGCAGCGUUUCAGAAGAAAGUAGCACAUCGGUUAAGGCUGUUAGCGCCUCCUCAGCAGCACCCGGUGGCGCUGCCGCAUCUAGCGCAGCUCUUGUCAACAAGAACAUCCAAAGCAUUGCGCAGAAAUACUGCAACGACUGUAAAACAUCAUUUGAGGAACUGAGCAAAAUAAUUCAGAAAGUGACAGCCACUAGGAAGGAGCUAUCUUCGUAUGAUCAAAGACAACAAGAGGCCCUAUCAACAAUAGUGGCAACAAGCCCAGGUGCCUCUCCGGACCCUACAGGAGACUCCCCGUUCUCGCCUAUGGAUUCACUUGUGUCAUCAAAGGGAGUGAAACGUCAGAAAGAUGAAAUUGCUGCUAAUAUGAUGGGAAAAUGUUACGGAUGUGCUUUGUACACAGUUGGGCAUUGUCUCACGAUUUUAAGGGCUUUUGCAACAGUUGAAGAAUCGCACAAUUGGAUGCUGUCACAGGGACUUCUCCAUGAGCUGCUUGAACAUAGUUUGCAGCACAAAAGACCACAAGUUACAUCUCUUGCACAGAAGUUGAUAAUAUUAAUGACAACUGGGAAUUUCAUGGCGACAAAUGAAUUGAACCAGAUGAUUAUGAGACAAGUGUCGUUGUCCCUUGAAUCAAAGGCUGCCAAUGUCAUAUCUGAUAUCUCGCUCCAGAGCCAGAUGUCAGUCCUUGGACUUUCACUGAAUGCAUUGGACGAUUGUUGGGACGACCGAUUGCGUUGUGUUUUCAAUUUAUUUCUUGAUUCAAUGCGUGAUAGCAACACAGAUGUCCUUGAAAAUGUGACCCUCCCGUGUCUGAAAAUUAUUGCGAAGAGUAUUCAAGAUGCAACUACCAAUACGGAAGAAAAGGGAACAAAAGACGGAGCAGUUAAGCUUCGUGAUGUGAAUGCCGUUAAGUGGCUGAAUGGUAGUUCACAGCACACCUUGGCCUACUGGCGUGCCAAAAACCCAGUUCCAUCAAGAGACGAGUAUUUGGCUGAAAAGUAUGGUGGAAUCUGGUUGCGGAAGUUAAAGGUUCAGAAAAAGCCUGAUAAGGAGAUAGGCAUAACUGGCGAAGCAUGGUUGCGUCUUCUGCUCUUUGCACCGUCAUCCAGAGCCAUUCGAGAAACAGUUUGUGGGAUUCUUGAGAACCUCUGCCAGGUUGAAAGCAAGAAAAAGAAAUUGCUCCACAUCUUUACAAAGUUCUUGGAAGAUCUCCACGCUGCUGGUGAAAAUGCUAGUGACUUCUUUAGUCUGUUCAAAAACCUGAUCAAGUCAUCUGACUGGAAGAGAUACCUAGUCGAGUGUGGUCUUUUGGAAAGAGUUACUUUGCUUAUUAUCAAGGAAGUUGAUUACUUGAAUUCGCUCGAGAACAAAACUGUUGGUUUUGAUUUAUCCCAAGGAUUUGCACUCCAUGCUCUUGCAGAUAUAUUGAAAAUGCUGUUUGAAGAUGACGUUGUCAAGACAACCUACAAGUCCAAAUUUGUUGGACACGUUUUGCAGUGCUAUUUGUCUCUCAGACGCCUCGUUGUCCAACGAACAAAGCUUAUAGACGAUGCGCAAGACAUCUUGCUAGCCCUUUUGGAGGAGCUCACAACUGGAACAGAAGCCGAAGAGCGUGCAUUCAUGGCGGUCUGCAUUUCUGCAUUAAAAGAGUAUCCUGUCAGUGACAUAAGGACCCCAGUGUUCAUUUUUGAGCGGCUAUGUAACAUAAUUCACAAGGAAGAAAAAGAGGUGGAUGAAUUUUUCCUGAUAAUUGAAAAAGAUCCGCAACAAGAAGACUUUCUGCAAGGACGCAUGCCCGGGAACCCAUACUCUUCUAAAGAAUCCGGUUUGGGUCCUUUGAUGCGUGAUAUAAAGAAUAAAAUCUGCACAGAAUGUGAAUUGGUUGCCCUGCUUGAAGAUGAUACUGGGAUGGAGCUCCUUGUCAACAACAAAAUUAUCAGCUUGGACCUUCCAGUUUCUGAUGUUUACAAGAAGAUCUGGUGUGCAAAGGGUGAUCGCCCAGAAGCCAUGAAAAUUGUCUAUCGAAUGCGAGGUCUACUUGGCGAUGCGACCGAAGAUAUGGUUGAAAAUUUAGAGAGUGAUAAGGAUAAGGACAUUGACGAAGAACAUGAAUAUCGUCAAGCAGCUGUCAUUUCAGAAGUUGGUGGCUUGGAUGUCAUUCUCAAAAGGCUUUCUCAUAUCCGAAACCUAUCUCGAGCCCAAGAACUUAUAUCCGUGAUGCUCAAGUUGUUCGAAUAUUGUGUCAAAGUCAAGGUGAAUCGCCAGUAUCUAGGAAAACCAUCAGUGAAUUCCCUGAAGAUUCUGCUUGGAACUCUGAAUUUAGCAUUGCGGUUGGAAAAAGAAAGAGGCUCGACAAGUGGAGGGGCCAUGAUUGCCGAGCGACUUCUAAAUAUAAUGGGCAUCGUUUUACACGAAGCAAGUGAGCAAGCAGAUCAAUACCAGCUUUCGUCUUUGCCCGGUGAAGAAUCCCAGCUGGAGCUGCUGCUUGGUCACAUCACGAGCCCUUAUGUGAGAACCAACCCAAACGUUCUAGAGGCUAUGAUGCGACUCAUACCAUCGCUAUCUUUUGGCAGCGAGCAGAGCAUGCGUACCCUUAUCAACCACUUUCUGCCUUAUCUCAACUUCAAUAGUUUUGAUCAGGAAAGAACAGCCGAUGAAACUUUGUAUUUGGAGUGCUUCUGUGUCAUAAGUAACGGCAUUUCUAACACAUUGAGUGGAUCAAGACUGAAAGAUCUGAUUAUCGACCAUCACAUACCACAACGUGCUCUUGACUAUCUCACUGAACACACACCUCCAAAGUCAUUCAGUGCAUCUGGAAUUCUAGACGCUAACAAAUGGAAAGAAUUCCUUGUCCGACCUGCGUUGCCCUAUGUUCUGAGAAUAUUAACUGGUUUAGUAGGGGGGCAUUCAGGGACCCAGAAUCUUGUUGGCACAGAAGAAAACAUUGCUGUGUUUCAUCGCCUUGAACAAGUUUCCUCAGCAGAGAGCGUUGGUUCACUUGCGGAGAACCUGGUCGAGGCUUUGCGUGAAAACCCAAUUGUUGCUAAAAAGGUGCACGCCGUUCGAAGACAGACAAGAGAAGACAAAAAGAAAAUGGCUUUAGCGAUGAGACAGAAGCAGCUUGAAGCCCUUGGCAUGGUGGUUACUGAGGGUGGACAGAUAAAGGCAAAGCCGUCGUCAGUGAUCAAAGAAAUGGAAGAGUUACUGGAAGAAAAAGGACUGAUCUGUUGCAUUUGCAGGGAGGGAUACAAAUUCCACCCAAAGAAGGUUUUAGGUAUAUACACCUACACCACAAGGUGUGUCCUGGAUGAGUUUGAGAACAAGCCGCGAAAGACACAGGGAUAUUCGUCUGUCUCUCAUUUCAAUGUGAUCCACGUUGACUGUCAUAGCGAAGCAAUCAGACAUGCAAGAUCGAGGGAUGAAUGGGAGAGUGCUGCGCUGCAAAAUGCAAAUACGAAAUGCAAUGGCCUCAUUCCUAUUUGGGGUCCAAAGGUUUCAGAAUCAGCAUUUGCGACAUGCCUGGCCAGGCACAACAGUUACAUACGUGACUGCACUGGUUUCCGUGAAACAACGCUACAUCUAACAGUUCACGACCUCAAGCUAUUGCUUUUGAGGUUUGCCCAAGAAAAAUCGUUUAGUGAUGAGGCUGGUGGUGGCGGAAGAAUCAGUAACAUCUACUUAUUCCCAUAUGCUGCUCAUGUUGCUCUGUACAUCCUGAAUACUGUCCGCCUUCAUUUGACGGAAGAUAAAAUCUUAACUGCCUUUCUUGAGUUGCCUCCGGACAAGUGGAAAGAUUCCGCAUAUGAAGCUGAUGGUCCUUUGUUUGUGACAACGCUGUCUUUGCUCACAAUGCCGCUCGCCACUUGGAAGGAGAAAAGGCUGACGUUUUUAAGACGACUUUUGAUUCUUGCUCAUGCACGCAGCAUUUCCCAAGCACCUCUUAAGAAAUGGCCGGAUGAUGAUGCUGUCAAAGAUUUUUCUGUUUACAAGCCAGCCCUCAUAUUCUACGAGAUGACCAAUCAGUUCCACUUGAUAUUCAAGAACAAGAUUUCGUCAUCUGACCCAGAAUGGACUAGCUCGAUGUCAAACUAUUUGCGGAAUAAUGACGAAGCGAUCCUAAAAGCGGCUGACAAGCUACUUGGCUUUUACGAAAAUGAUCUUUUACCUUGUGAAUCAUUUGAAGAGUUCUUUGAUGUCGCGGGUCUGUUAACUGAAAUUGAGAACCCUGCAAAUUUCAUCGCGGAAACUCUGGUCAUGACGCAAGGGAACUGAUGAACUGCGAACAUUGUUAAACUUAAUAAUUACUAUACCCUUGACUUGUUUGUUAUAUCUUGUUAUGUUGUUAAGCCUCUACUGAUUCACAAUAGCAGCCUGGGUUUCUUAGUUUAUUCGAAUGGG